GGGUCUGCUGACUAGUCUACUUGUUGCUGUACCAAAAACAACCAAAAUACCAAAUAUUGCUUAAUUAGGGGAAACUGUGUUUUUAUUUACAAUGAUGACUAGAUUAUUCUAGUAGAUGUUUCUAGUAGACGUGACUCACCACGAGUCAUUGGCACUCGUGUAUGAGUCAGGUUGUUUAUAACCUUUCGGAACUCGGACUAAACGCCAAUCCUCUCUACCUAACUACAGAAAUAGGACGACGUGUACGUGUUUCCAUCUGUACCAGGUUAGGCGGUUUCUAGCGGGACAUUUAUUUGCUUACAAAGAGGUGUUACAUUUGAGAUCCGUGGAAAUAGUAAAAAGUCCCGAUGGUAAAGUCUAUUUUACAGCGUCCCAUCAAACGAUUAGAGAUGUCGGAAUGGUUCUUUAUUCUGCUCAUCGCUGCACUCAGAGACAUUGAUGCCUUCGAAGUACAGGCGCCCCAGCCCAGAGUGGUAGCCGUCUAUGACCAGCCGGCUGUUUUGGGCUGUGUGUUCCCCCCUAGCCUUGACCCUGGUGCCCCCCUGAAAGAGGAUCUCGUGGUGACAUGGCAGAGGGUAGAAGAUUUGCGGGUGGUCCACAGUUUCUACUACGGAACAGACCAACUGGCGCACCAGAGCGGGGAGUACCACAACCGCACUGGACUGUUCCAUUCCCAGCUCCCUGGGGGAAACGCAUCCCUCAGGUUGGAGAGUGUAGGUCCAGGGGAUCAGGGAAGAUAUCUCUGUUCGGUUAAUAACAUGAAGGGGACAGGAAAGGCUGAGGUCCAGCUCAAAUACGCAGCAUUCUACACAGAGCCUCACCUCACAGUCCAGGCCCAGCACUCUUACAUGACCUUCCUCUAUGAGACUGAAGGUUACCCAGAACCAGAGGUCCGCUGGUUGGACCCGAAUGGCCAUAACCUCACGCAUAACAUCUCAGUGACCCAGUCGUCCAGGGCCCCGGGCCUGCUCCUCUCCCUCCGCACCCAGUUGGUGAUGCAGGCUGGUGGGGCAGUCAACUACACCUUCUCCCUGAGGAACCAGCUCCUGGAGCAGGUCAUGGAGAGGUCACUGAGCUAUGAGUCAAGCAAUAGAAACCAUGCCGACUGUCCCAGAGACAGAUCUACACUGCUGAUGUUGUUCAUCCCUGCUGGAGGCUUGCUGAUUUUCCUCAUAUUCCUUUACUUACGACACAAACGGACAUGGAAAGCCACAUCUAAAUCACAAAAUAUGACAGAGAUAACUGUGCGUAAACAAACUUGUGACAAGAACACUGGUCUUCUAGAGGCAAGGACAUCCAACUGCGAUUCGUACGUCUCACCUCCAAGCCCAGUACAUGAAGUUUAAGAGACUCAUUGUUCAUUCUCUGCCAAGUCCAACGUGUGUUUCUGGUCUAGUAGUCGCAUGGUAACAUCCUUCCUGGAGCUGAGAAUGCUGGAAAUCCAGUUGGCAGUCUGGCAGUAACAAUGAAUCACAGUUUCAUUAGGUGGUGGUAACAUUAAAUGACUCUUUCUUCUCGACAUUGCCCAACAUGUUAUCACUGGGUCAGAUUACUGGAGAGGGAACCAGACACAAAGCUUCUAUUGAGAGACGGUCUCAUUACAGACCCGAGGGGAAAACAAUCUGACAGAUUUGGUGGGAGGGGCCACUAACAACAAUCCAGAACAGUGUUUAUGGGAAAUGAGUGGCAAAAGCCAUUUACCGUUUGACGCGAUUCAUGUUCUUAGACAUUUAUUUUCCUGUGUAAAGUGCAUCGAAAGUAUUCAAACCCCUUGCCUUUUUCCACAUUUUGUUACGUUACAGCCUGAUUUUCCUCAUCAAUCUACACACAAUAUCCCAUAAUGACAAA